AAAUAUCCUAUAUUGGUUCUGGUUUUCAGUUUUUAUAUUCUUUUUUAUAUCAUCAUUAAUACUUCAUUAAUAACAACUACUCAUAACAACAAACUCAUAUUACACACACAUUCGCUAUGCAAUUAUUUAACACUUUCACUUUCUUAGUCAUCUCAGCUUACGUUGUCGUUGCUGACCAAACCUUCCAAUUAACUGCUCAAGGUAAUGGUAUCAACACUCCAGUUACUUUCACUGAUUCUGCUGUCACUUUAAACAAUGGUCAAGUUGGUACUUUCACUUUAAAUGAACCAUCAGGUUACCUUUCAGUUUCUGCUACUCAAUACGUUACCAACUCUGAAAAUGGUAUUGUUUUAACUGGUUCUACUGGUACUGCUUCUAAAGAUUGGGGUUUAAUUAACAACAAUCAAUUAAGAUUCAAUGUUGGUACUGGUAACACUAACUUCUGGGCUUGUCCAGCUGAUACUGGUUAUACUUUAUAUAACUUCCAAAGAUCAGGAUGUACCCAAGUUCAAAUUUUCGCUGGUGAUGUUACCGGUCCAGCUGAUACCACUGAACAAGAAACCACUACUGCUGCUCCAGAAACUUCUUCUGAAGCUCCAGCUCCAGAACCAACCACCACUGAAACCACUUCUGAAGCUCCAGCUCCAGCUCCAACUUCCACUGUUACUACUGUUGAACCAGCUUCUUCAACCAUUGAAACUUUCUACACCAACUCUACUUCAACUAGUGCUGCUCCAGCUACUUCAUCUGCUGCUUCUAUCACUUCUGAAUACCAAGGUGGUGCUGCUAGAAACGUUGCUAAUGGUGCUGCUUUAAUUGCCGCUGCUGCUCUUUUAUUAUAAGUUUAUUAGAACUUUAUUUAAUUUAUUUUCGGUUUAUCAUUAAAUCUUUAUGUCGUCAUUUUAUAUAAUAUUAAAAGUAUUAAUUUUUUCAUGUUUCUAAUCUAAUAUCUAUUGUAUUAUAUAUAUAGUUAUACCUUUUAUAUAUCAACUAAUAAUAUAAAAAUGUGUUUAAAAAAU